AUGGUCGGCACCAACAAGUGGAGCGACGAACAGAUCGAUAUCUGCUUUACCCUCUACAAAGACGGAUUCAAGAAGUGGGAGAUUGCCGAAGCGAUCAAUGGUAUCUGGCCUCGACGUGGUGCAUCCUCUGCGGGAGUCAACUAUGUCUUGAAUACCAAGAAGAAGGAGUUCCUUGAAAUCGCUGCAAGACGACCUGGACAGAUGCCCGAAUCUGCUCCUGUUGCCAGACCUACCCAACUGUCCAGACCUACCCAAAUGUCUAGACCUGCUCAGAUCAAGGCCACUGCUCGCAUCGCCGCCAAGAUGGAUACAAUUCCUGAUGUCACCGAAUACGAAGCUCCUCCCGAAUACCGAUUCGAGUUGUACCCACAAGUUCAGCAGUCCUUCGAAGAUGAACUCUUUGUCCCACAAUUCGAUAACUAUCCAGCUCCUCCCGAGUUCGGACUCGAGUUCAAUGCACCUGAACCCGAUGUCCAAGAAGUCGUCGAUUAUUCCGCUCCUCCAGAAUACCAAGUCGAGCCCGCUGUCCCAGCCAAGACCAUUGUCGAAGAAGUCGCCGAACAAUCAGCUUCCCCCAAACACCAACCCGAGCCCGUUGCCCCUCAAACUGUCGAACAAUCCGCUCCUCUUGCCCCAACCGUCCAGCAAACCCCCGCAGAGAAGCCCCACGAUUGGAACGAUUGGUCGACCGAGAACAUCUGGAAGGGUUAUGAUUUGGAUGAACUUUUCAAGAAGGAGACUGCGAGAUGGGACAACUCGGAUCUCUUUGACCACUUUGAUUACCUCUCUGACAAUGAGGACUUGAAUGCAUUCUUCGACGAUUAG